CGCUGAGGGGGGCGCGGCGGGGGCUCCCUCCUUCCUUCCCUGCCUCCUUUCCUCCCUCCCUCCCUCUGCCGUCCGUCUGUCCGUCCGUCCCUCCUGCCGCCCGCCCGCCCCGGGGCGCAGGGCGGGAGGCGGGAGCGGCCCCCCGCGCUCCGCACACGCGCACCGGGAGCCGCUCGGCCGUACCGGCGGAGCCGCCGCCGCCGCCCGCCGCCAACCCCCGCCCCGGGGGCGGCUGCCCCGGCGGAGCCUCCAUCUGCAGCCCGGCGGCGGAGCGGGAACAUGGCGGACCUGGAGGCGGUGCUGGCCGAUGUCAGCUACCUGAUGGCGAUGGAGAAGAGCAAGAGCACCCCGGCGGCCAGGGCCAGCAAGAAGAUCACCCUGCCCGAGCCCAGUAUCCGCAGUGUUAUGCAGAAAUACCUCGAGGAAAGGGGUGAAUUAACCUUUGACAAGAUCUUUCAUCAGAAAAUUGGAUUUUUGCUCUUUAAAGACUAUUGCAUGAAUGAGAUUGAUGAAGCUGUCCCUCAGCUGAAGUUCUAUGAGGAGAUCAAGGAGUACGAGAAGCUGGACUCGGAGGAGGAGCGGCUGUCGCGGAGCCGGCAGAUCUACGACACCUACAUCAUGAAGGAGCUGCUCUCCUGUUCCCACCCUUUCUCAAAACAAGCUGUAGAUCAUGUACAAACACAUUUAGCCAAGAAACAAGUGCCAGCCAGCCUUUUCCAGCCAUAUAUAGAAGAAAUUUGUGAUAGUCUCCGAGGAAAAAUAUUUCAAAAAUUUAUGGAAAGUGACAAGUUUACUAGAUUUUGUCAAUGGAAAAAUGUAGAGCUAAAUAUUCAUCUGACCAUGAAUGAUUUUAGUGUACAUAGAAUAAUAGGAAGAGGGGGAUUUGGUGAAGUGUAUGGCUGCAGAAAAGCAGACACUGGAAAAAUGUAUGCAAUGAAAUGUUUAGAUAAGAAGAGAAUCAAGAUGAAGCAAGGAGAAACAUUAGCCUUAAAUGAAAGAAUUAUGCUGUCUCUUGUCAGUACAGGAGACUGUCCUUUUAUAGUCUGUAUGACCUAUGCCUUCCACACCCCUGACAAGCUCUGCUUCAUUCUGGACCUCAUGAAUGGAGGAGAUUUGCACUACCACCUCUCCCAGCACGGCGUGUUUUCUGAAAAAGAGAUGAGGUUUUAUGCUACUGAAAUCAUCCUGGGCUUAGAGCACAUGCACAAUCGCUUCGUGGUGUACAGAGACCUGAAGCCUGCAAAUAUCCUGCUGGAUGAACAUGGGCACGUGAGGAUAUCAGACCUUGGGCUGGCUUGUGACUUUUCCAAAAAGAAGCCACAUGCCAGUGUAGGAACCCACGGGUACAUGGCCCCCGAGGUGCUGCAGAAGGGCACAGCCUACGACAGCAGUGCUGACUGGUUCUCCCUGGGCUGCAUGCUCUUCAAGCUGCUGAGGGGUCACAGCCCUUUCAGGCAGCACAAAACCAAAGAUAAGCACGAGAUUGACCGGAUGACGCUCACGGUGAACGUGGAGCUCCCGGAUUCCUUUUCUCCUGAGCUCAAGUCCCUUCUGGAAGGGCUCCUGCAGAGGGAUGUGAGCAAGAGGCUUGGAUGCCAAGGAAGAAGCGCACAAGAAGUAAAGGAACAUCCUUUCUUCAAAGGCAUUGAUUGGCAGCAAGUCUAUUUACAGAAGUACCCUCCCCCCCUGAUUCCUCCCCGGGGAGAAGUCAAUGCAGCAGAUGCUUUUGAUAUUGGCUCCUUUGAUGAAGAGGACACUAAAGGCAUUAAGUUGCUUGAUAGUGACCAGGAGUUAUAUAAGAACUUCCCUCUGGUAAUAUCGGAGCGUUGGCAGCAAGAAGUAGCAGAAACUGUUUAUGAUGCAGUAAAUGCAGACACAGAUAAAAUUGAGGCCAGAAAAAGGGCUAAAAAUAAGCAGCUUGGCCACGAGGAAGAUUAUGCCCUGGGGAAGGACUGUAUCAUGCAUGGCUACAUGCUCAAGCUGGGGAACCCCUUCCUGACUCAGUGGCAGCGGCGUUACUUUUACCUCUUCCCCAACCGGCUGGAGUGGCGAGGAGAAGGAGAGUCCCGGCAAAACCUGCUGACAAUGGAACAAAUAGUAUCUGUUGAAGAAACACAAAUUAAAGAUAAGAAAUGCAUCUUACUGAGAAUUAAAGGAGGAAAACAGUUUGUCCUACAGUGUGAGAGCGACCCCGAGUUUGUGCAGUGGAAGAAGGAGCUGACAGAGGCGUUCACCGAGGCCCAGAGGUUGCUGCGCCGGGCUCCAAAGUUCCUCAACAAAUCCCGCUCCACAGUGGUGGAGCUGUCCAAGCCCCCGCUCAGCCACAGGAACAGCAACGGGCUGUAGGAGACACCCACCACCUUCCCGCAGGGAGAGCUGCUUGGUGAACCUGCAGAGCGUCCCAGAAUCCUUGCGAACGAAUGACUUUGUGCAGUGCCGGAGGCGGGAUGUGCCUGGAGGAGGAGGAGGAGGAGCUCCAUGUUUACAGCGUUGGGAUCACGUCAGGACUCUGUGUCUGCAGCAGGGGGGGACCCUGCCCCUGGCAGCAGCAGCAGCAGCAGCAGCGCUGGAGGUCACCAAGCCCAGAGGCUGCUCCUUGCUCCACACCCCCGGCGGGGCUCCGUCCCUCUGGAACUACUGAUGGAAGGAAGGAAGGAAGGAUGAAGGAAGAGGCUUUGUCCCUGCCGUGGCCUGGCUGGCAGGGGGGUGACACUGCCGUGGUGACACCGGCGGACCGUGGUGGGUGCCCCCCCUCGCUCUGUGGUGUUGCCGUGUCCUCCCCGAGCAUUACUGCUGACUCUCUCUGAUAACCUUGCUCCAUACUGCUGAUGAUCAACAGUGUGACUCUCUGAUGCACUUCAAAGUACUGAAAUCCUUAACUGUCCUGUGGUUUAAAUGUUAUUGCUACUUCAUGGGAGCGUUGAACUCGAAUUAUUCCCCUGGGUUUGUUGUACUCACUAAUAGUAGCUACCACCAGUUUUGCUUCUUCUACGUAUAUGCAGUACUAUAACUGACACAAUAGAGUAAUAAUUGGUGAAGAGGAAUUUAUGGUAGCUUCAUCUAGUGCUCUGUUGUAUAAAUUGACUAUUUUAGCACAGUUUUUAAAGAGCAGAUUCCUUUUGACAAGUUUACAGUGAACAUAAAAGACAGUUCUUUUCCAUUUCAGGUCAACUGCACUUUUUAAAAAAAAAAUUAAAAAGAAAUGAUUCAAAUCCAGUGCAUUCUAGAGCAUGUGCUGGGUUCAGGUGUGUGUGGGUACCUCGGUACGUAUCCCGGAUCACUCCUCAGUCCUGGGACUUGGGAUCCUCCUCUGCUGUACACAGGUGUGUUCCCAUAGCCUAGAAAUCCCCAAAAAUCCCCAGAAAUCCCCUGGAGCCCAGCCCAGGAGGUUUGUGCACAUAUCACAGCUCAGCUUGGGAAAGGAUCUCUUAUUUUCUGUUCUGAAGAGUUCAAAGUGCCCACAGUGAGAGCAGUGUGAGCGAACUGAGCGUGGAGGAGCUGAUCAAAUGCCAGGUUUAUGUUAAUUCUACCUGAGGCAUCAGGGUGCAAAUCUUGUUGAAGGAAAGAUCUCAUCCUGAGCUGUCCCACAGCUUCCCCAAGCUGGCUGUUGUGGUGGUUUCUAAGAGAGAGGUCAGGGCUGAAUUUUAGCUGUUUUUCCAAUUCAGUGAACAGCUUAGAGAGGAUUUUUCUUCCCAGCUGCAGAGGUGCAGCUCUCACAGUCCCUGGAGGGAGUGGAGCUGUGCCUGUGUCAGUGGGAGUAGAAGCUGUGCGUGGUUUGUUGAGCGUGUGUGGCUGUCAGAUCACCACAGAGUUCCUUGGAGAGAAGUAGUAAAAGUGGCUCUGUUUGCUUCUGCAUGGGAGCUGGGUUUGCUGCACAGCUUGUGCAAACCCUGGCUGACCACCUGGGGCUGCACCAAAGGGAAAAUGCAUUCUGGAAAACACCCCCCUUGAGAAAGUGGUUUCUUUCAGUGAUUUUUUUUUCCCCCUCCUUAUUUAUUUUCUUAAUUAUUUUAUGUAAACAGCACCAGGCUCUCUGUCAUUCCUGUUGAGCAUCUCAGCUCCUCUGUAAGGAGCAGUGUCAGAGGUGAUUGGUCAAAGGUUGGACUUGAUGAUCUUGGAGGUCUUUUCUGAACUAAAAUAAUCCCAUGAUUCUUUGUGUGGUAUUUAAAAAAUGUUUGGGAUAAAAAAUGCCUCAUCCUGGCUGUGGUUCAGCUUUCCCUACAAUACCAUGCAAUGCUCGUAUUUUUCUCCUUGAUUUAGAAAAAAGCCCUCAGAUGGUGUCAAAACCUUCUCACAGUUCUUGUGUAACUUGUUUUUGCUUUCUUAGUCCCUGCUCAGUCCCAUUCUUCUCCUUCAGUUAUUUUCCAUGGCUGGAUUUCACUCUCACUCCCUGUCAGCAGAUUCUGGUUGUCAGUGAGGGAGGAACAGGUCAUCAGCUGGGAAAUUGUGCCUCAAACCCAGAGAAUUUAUAUGAAAUGAAGGCUGUGUAUUGUCUUAGGGAAAUACAUUUAUUUUGAAAUGUGAUGGAGUUGGGAUGGCCCUGGAAUAUUCUCAUUAUUGUGGUCUUUGCUGCCCUGUCCAACCUGCAGUGGGAGGGGCAGGAAUAGAUUUGGGUUUCUUUAGCCAGCUGUGAUUUAUUGACAAUUGAAAAUAGCUUUAUUUUUGUGACUUGUGUCUAACUGUGCAGCAGGAGGGGAGAGGUUAUCACAGUGACAAACUCCUGAACAAAGGUGGGAUCCCAGUGAGAGAUGGGGCUCUGUGUGGAGGUGACUGGAUGUGCUGGUGUGGAGGGAGAGCUGGAAUUGCACCCUCCAAACCAAAAAAUCCUGGAUGCUGCCCCAGACUGCUCCUUCCUGGUGUAGGAACCAGAGUCUCUGAAGUUUUUGUUUUGGACAAAGAUUCCUGGUGGUGUUAAUCUGCAGGAGGGUCUUUGGCUGUGUGUUUAGGAUCUCUCAUUUAUUUGCUAAUUAUUUUGCAAAUUCGUGAAACCCUUAAAGGAGCUUUUACUGUGGGGUAUUUUUUGUGGUUUUUUUUUUCCAAUCCUUCAUCCAAGUGUUGGCCAUCCACUUCCCCAAGUGUAAAUCUUCUUCCUCUUCUUUGUGUUUGAGCUUUUUUGUGUUCUUGUCCCUGGUCCAGCGGAGCCUCGGCUGCAGGCUCAGGGGUUCUUCCCAAAGUGCUGCUGUGAGAGAAGCUGGAGUAAUGCUGGAGUGCAUCCAGCUGGGAUUGACAUUCCUGGUAUGUUCCCCCACCCCCCAGCAGGCUUCAGAAAUUCUUGGAGCCGGCUAAUAAUAGCUGGAAGUGUGUCUGGGAAGGGAAGCCUGGCAGGUAGGGAGAGAGCAGCUUGGGGGACAGACCUUGGCUUAGUCACAUUGGAGUUUUGCUGAAUUUCAUGGGGCUGCCCUGAGCACAGACAGGAGUUGGGCUCUGAAUGAUCCUUUUGGAUCCCUUCCAGCUCAGGAUAUUCCAUGAUUCUGUCAUUCAGCACCUCCCCUUUAGAAACCCAGUGGAAGAUUUUCCUCUCCCACUUCUAUCAAGGGGGGAAAACCCAAAAAUUAAAUUGUGAGGUUGUGUUUGGCUUUGAGAUAAAUCAGGAUAAAUCAGGUGUUUGCAGCCCAGUGUGGAGGUGGUGGAAACACAGGUUUGUGCUAAAAAAGAACUUGUUUUGGCUGUGAUCCUGCCCAGAGGAGCUCUGGGGGUUGAUGCUCCCUGAGCAGGACCAGCCCCAGCACCAUCACUCCUGGGGUUUGCAGGGAAUCAGCUCAUGAGCAGUGAAACCCCUGGAGCUCUGAGUUGCUCUUUCCCUGGCAGCUGGUCAGCUCUGGGAGCAGGUUCCUUGAUCCCAUGUCCAUAUCCGUGUCCUGCAGCCCCUGGCAGGGCAGUGUCACCCCCAGCACGUGGCAGUGACACUGCUCCUGCGCCUCUGGGGUGUUUGCACCCAAAAUAUCCCCAGGGGAAGGACUGCUUGAAGUGUACAGUAGGCAAGAAAUAAUUCUAGUGGUGUUGAUUAAUGUAAGGAAUGAGUCAGUUCUGCGAAUUAAAGAAAAAAAAAUCUGAAAAAGCGUAUUUUGACAAAGCAUAGUAUUAAUUUUAAUAUUGUAAAAAAAAAGAAAAAAGGAAAAUAUCUAAAAUAUACAGAGAAAAGAUGUAUAUCCAAAUGUCUGAGGAGUUUCAAGAUAAUCUACUUUUGUUUCCUGUUGGUUUCUAUUCCAUGGUGUACAUAUUGUGUGGAUGGAACAUCGGCUGUUUUAAUACUAUUGUUAAAUUGUAUUUUUAUUUUGUGUUAAACUAAUCAUCACAGACUCAGCUUUAUUUUGUUUAUGUAAAGGUUGCUAUGCUCUGUAGGUAUAAACCCGAGAAUUCUAUUUUAACAGAAAAAAGCAUUUUAUAUUAUUUAUUAAAUACAUGUUUCUCCAACUUCUGACAUUCCACAGAAUUUCUGCUCCAUAUGUGUAUGGAAGUGGCAGCUCCUUUCAAGCAGGAUCAGCCAGCUUUAUUCUGUUUUUCAUGACAAAGUAGGGAUGGAUUUUCUGAGCCUCUGCAGCCCUUCUCUCCCAGCACAGGGACUCCAGGCUCAUCUCAGGUGGAAAACUCCUGCAAAUCCACCCCUUUGAUGGGAUAUAUCUAAAUUUCUCCUUUAUCCCUCAGCAUUCCCAGAGCAAGUGUUUAUUCACAGGACUCUGUGCUGAGUUAAAGAGAAUUAAUGACCUGAAUUGGGGCAUGGAGUCAGCGUGGUGUUUGAUCCAGCUCAGUUCCAUCAGGGAAUUGCAGAGCUCUGUCAUUCCCAGGGGAAGGAGAGAGUGGAGGCAGAGCCUGGACACAGGGCUGGGCUCAGGAACCUAAAAUCUUCUCAUUGGAGAUGGGUUUGGAGUGAUCCAGGGGGAUCACUUGGUCCUUAAAGCAGGAGCAGUGCCAGAUCACUAUCCUGGAGCCAGGGCCAGGGCAGGACCCUGCUUGGUGUCACAUCUCAGGGGUGGCGGCCACCAGGGACCCUGCAGGGACUGUCCCUCGGGGUAUGGGGAGAGUGACACCCAGGCAGGACCCCCCUGUGGCGCCAUCUCUCCAGGAGCUGCCUCUGCUGGGCACAUCUGGGCACAUCUGCAGAGCCAACGGCAGCACCUCUGUCCCCAGUGCGGUACAGAAAUAGCCCUGAAGUUAUCAGUUCGCUCAGUUCCUAAAAAUAAUUCCAGUUGUGAGCCUGGCCUGUGCAGUUUGAGGAGUACUUGUGGUGUAACAUUGUGUGCUCUCAGUUUCCACAGUGCUGGGGCUGGGGGUCUGUGCUGGUCAGGGCCGAUCCCUGUGGCAUUUCUGGGUGAAAUGUGGCAUUUUCCAUUGCCACACAGCUGCUGAAGUUCUCUCCUUGCUGAGGGGCUGCCUGGGGCAGGGAGGGAUCCCUGCUGUGCUCCCUGGAGUAAUCUCUGCCUUUUUUCCCUGUUUCCCUCUCUGAUCCCACUGGAUUUUGGGGUGAGCUGUAGCCCAAGCUGUGUCUGGAGGGAAGGGGGAGCUGGCAGUGCUGGUGGCAUUGUGGCUCCUUAGUGUCACCCCUGGAAAGGUGCCGUGCUGGGGACAGUGCUGCUGGCCUGGGGUGUGUCCAGGCAGGGAUUUUUUGGCAGAGAACCUGGGGACAGCUGCAGGAAGGUGGCUUUGUCCAGGGGCCAGGUUGAUCUGGGUUUGUGUGACACGCUGUGUUUCCAGGCUGGAAAAGGAGAUGGGCUGGGAAGAGGCUUUGCUGUUGGGUAGCAUCUCCUCAGGGAAAGGGAGAGAGCAGACAGUGGGUGAGAUGGCACAAAAAAAAAGUGUGUGAAAAACAGAAUAAAGCAGGAGCAUCCUCGGAGAGGGGAUUUGUGAGCACUUCCAGUGCCUCACCAGGUCCUUUAAAACAAAAAGGAGCAGAUUCACACGAACAGCUACUCGCGAUGAAGGAAACGAUCGAAAGAGAACCUGUCCAAAAUGUGUAAUUAAUUAAUGGUAAGCAAAGCCAGGAUCUGUAAAUAACUUUAGAUAUUGUAUCGAUGAGAUCAUUCCUUGUUUUAUGUACUUGGCUCUUUCCAUAUUUAUUGUGGGGAGGAGGGUGCCAUGAGCUGUGGCCUCGCUCCUCACGGACUGUCCCGGAGUUUACAGCCCCGUCGUGGCGGGUGUGCCACACUCGGUUCUUGCCGCCAGUAUUUUUUUAACGGAUUAUUUUGGCACAGCUAAGCUGCUUCUGUGUGUUGGUCAGUACAAAACUGCUCUCCUACGACCAGACCCCAAUAAAAACCGUCCUUUGCGUGUG